UGUCACAAAAUUGUGCAUUAAAUGGAGGGGAACAUUAGUACGUGAAACAAAUGUGACCCCCAUUGGGGUUUUAUUAUAUACCCCACACCACAGACAAACCACCCCUUCAAUUAGCUCGCUGCUUAGCUUCUUCUCCCCUCCCCCUUUCAAUUACACUAUUAUUAUUAUUAUUAUUAUUAUUAUUAUUAUUAUAUAUACGUACCACGUCCAUUCCAUUUUUUUUAAUUAUAUAUAUUUUCCAAUUUGCCAAGAACUUUCCCGUCUAUCUUAUCAUUUAAAAUAAUAAUAAUAAUAAUAGUAAUACUCCAUAUAUAAUAUAAUAUAUAUAAUAACACCUUACAUACCUUCAAGCUCUGCAAGUGCUAUUAGUUGUUAUUCCUUAGCUCUAUAACAAAGAAGGAGGCCGGAGAGAAUCAAGAAGAGGGUGGUGGCAAGAAAUGGCGGCGAUGGUCGGAGAAGAAAGCAAGUUGGAGCUGAGCUUGGGCCUUCCGGGCGGCGGCGGCGGCGGAGGUGGGGGAGGAGGGGUGCUGUCUGCAGCAAAGGGGAAAAGAGGGUUUGAAGAAACUCAAGAUGUGGAUUUGAAGCUGAAGCUUUCAUCUAAUAAUACUAAGGAUUCCCCUAUCCAAGCUUCUGAUAAGGCCAAUACCAAUAAGCCCCCAGCCAAGGCACAGGUUGUGGGUUGGCCACCAGUGCGUGCAUUCCGAAAGAAUGUCAUCGCGGCCAACAGCCAGGCCAAGGGAGGCACCCAAGAGGGCAGCGACAAGGGAGCAGUUCUGGUCAAAGUUAGCAUGGAUGGGGCACCCUACCUUCGUAAGGUAGACCUCAACCUGUACAAGAGUUAUCAGGAGCUCUCCGAUGCCUUGACCAAGAUGUUUGGCUCCUUCACUAUUGGAAACUACUGCGAAGGGGAAGGAGGGAUGAAGGAUUUCAUGAAUGAGAGCAAGUUGAUGAAUGUGCUGAGCAGUUCUGACUACGUCCCGACCUAUGAGGACAAGGAUGGUGAUUGGAUGCUUGUCGGUGAUGUUCCGUGGGAGAUGUUUGUGGAAUCCUGCAAGCGCUUGCGCAUUAUGAAAGGAAAAGAAGCCAUUGGACUUGCACCUAGAGCAAUGGAAAAAUGCAAGAACAGAAGCUGAGGAAAUGCAGCAUAUGGCUGGGUUGGGAUUGUUCGGUUACUUAUGGCGAUGUUCGAUAUAUAUAAAUUUGUGGGGUGAUAGAAAUGUGUCAGUUCGAAUGGUUGAAAGAAUUGAAGGUUGUAUGCAGAAUGUGGUUAAUUGGGUUCUGUUUGUAAUUUUUCAAGUGCGUGUCUGGUUUAAUUUGGUGUUUCUUCAAUACAAUUACUACUGCUAGUACACUGCUUCCAGUACAAUUAUUAAGCUGAUUAUGGUUUGCCUAAUAAUGGCUGGCUGUACUCCCCCCUUCCCACCAAAACCCCCAAGUAUUUUAAGUACUUCUGUGUGCUAUCU